AUGAUGAUGUUCGAAGUGGGAAACAUCGGCGGCACCAAGAUGGACGCCGCCGCCGCUCUAAAACAAACGCCCCACAUCCGACAACCUUACAGCGUAAAAAACCAAAUGAUGCGGUUUCUGAGGCGAUCUAAAUCCGCGGCCAACGCGCCCAGCGAAAAAAUCACGCCCAAACACGUUCCCAACGAACACCUUUACAGGCGCAAUCACGUACAUCCUCAGACGAGGGUGGUAAACCACGUGGAAGGACUGCCGAUUGUCGUAGCCAAUAAACCGAAAAAGAUCCUGCUAGAAAGUGUGUUUGCAGAACCGGCUUUAGUUAACAAUAGUGGACAACUCAUUUUACCCCUAUUGGUUAAAUUCGGCCCUGUAAGUUUGCCCUGA